AUGCUCCCCAGAUCCGAUGUUGCCAUCUUUGCUUCGGGGGUGCUGUGCCUUGAAAGUCUUGGCCGCGGCGGCAUCAACAACGGCGUGGAAAAAGUGGAGCAGUAUGCGCGCGCUAGAGUUUGGCUGGUUGCAAUGGAGAUCGAAGCAGAGGAGGAGGCCGCCGACCCGCUCGACGCCGCGCCGUCCGACACGUCGCUGAUCCUCUGGCUCGAUGGUGGGCCGGGAUGCUCCGGCCAGCUCAGCAACUUCUUCCAGAUCGGGCCCUACUCCCUCGUCGUCACCUGCGGCGCCAACGGCUCCCUCUCGCCCAACCCCUACGCGUGGAACCACCGCUUCGGGCUGCUCUUCUUCGACACCCCGGCCUUCUUCGCGCUCCACCCGGCCUCCCUCCGCGCGCGCCCCUUCUUCCUCGCCGGCGAGAGCUACGGCGGCAAGUACGUGCCCGCGGCGGCCUCGCGCAUCCUGGCAGCGAACCAGGCGCUCCCGCCGCGCAUGCGCGUCAACCUCCGCGGCGUGGCCAUCGGCAACGGGCUGGUGGACCCCGUGGCGCAGGUGGCCACGUUCGCCGACACGGCCUACUUCAUGGGCCUCGUCAACGCGCGGCAGCGAGUGGAGCUGGAGGCGCUGCAGGCGGAGACGGCGGCGCUGGCGGGCGCGGGACGGUGGGGCGAGGCGACGGACGCGCGCGCGCGGGUGGUGUCGCGGCUGCAGGAGGACAUUGGGAUCCGUAGUUAG